GGGGCCUUCCGAGACAUGGGGGUACGGAUGAGGGGGUUGGUGGAAGGGUCUUCCGUGGCCGCACCGCCCUCCCCGGGCAGCCGCCGCACAUUCGUGCGGCGGCUGCCCGGGAAGGGCGGCGCGGCCGCCAUCGCCUCCUCGUUGCAGUCCCGCCUCCCGUUCAUAGAGGCCGGGUCGUUGUCGGGGAUGGCGGCAGAGACGGCACGGGGUCGGGUGCUGUGUCUCUUUGACGUGGAUGGGACCCUAACGCCGGCUCGGCAGAAAAUCGAGCCGGAGGUGGACGCGUUCCUGCGGGAGCUGCGGGAGAGGGUGCACAUCGGCGUGGUGGGAGGCUCCGACUACGCCAAGAUAGCCGAGCAGCUAGGGGACGGGGACGAAGUCAUCGAUAAGUUUGACUAUGUCUUCGCAGAGAACGGCACAGUGCAAUACAAGAAUGGGCAGCUGGUAUCCAAGCAGGCCAUUCAGGACCACUUGGGGGAAGAGCUGCUGCAGGAUCUAAUCAACUUCUGUCUCAACUACAUGGCACUGCUGAAGCUGCCCAAGAAACGAGGAACCUUCAUUGAGUUUCGCAAUGGGAUGCUGAACAUCUCCCCCAUCGGACGGAGCUGCACCCCAGAGGAGCGAAUCGAGUUCUCCGAGCUGGACAAGAAAGAGCGGAUCCGGGAGAAGUUUGUGGCAGCCUUGCAGAGGGAGUUUGCUGGCAAAGGCCUGCGUUUCUCUCGAGGUGGCAUGAUCAGCUUUGACGUCUUCCCGGAGGGCUGGGACAAGCGCUACUGCCUCAACGUGCUCGAUGACGAGAGAUUUGACACCAUCCACUUCUUUGGGAACGAGACAACCCCUGGAGGGAAUGAUUAUGAAAUCUAUGACGAUCCUCGCACAGUGGGACACAGCGUCCAGUCCCCCCAGGACACAGUCCAGCGAUGCCGUGAAAUUUUCUUUCCAGAGAGAGCAAACGAGUGCUGACUGCCAGGUCCCCGCAGCCCUGCCCCGGCCCCACCUUCUCCCCUCCGCCAGAAAAAGCACCUUCAUUUGAGGAAUCUGCUCAGGGUAGACCGAAAAAAAACCCACUUUCCAGAGCUGGUCAGGAUGUAACGCGUGAGUGCGGGUGGGCGUGCAGGAGGGGACCUUCGCUGAGCAGCCCUUCGGCACUCCUCAUCUACGGCUGGGGCUCGCGGGACCAGACCGUCCUCACCUCCAGCAAAACUUCUCUCUUGACAGUUCAGGCCGUGGUGGGCAGCGAUGCAGAUGUUUUUAUGGUCGGAAAGCGUUUGAAAGGGCCAGUCA